AUGGACUCUGAGGACGUGUUCGAGCAUUAUAGGAUUGCUGCUGCCUUUUCUGGCAAGAAGAAGAACAGCAAGAGGGCCCGAGGGGAGAGCAGUAAUACUGCCUCAAAGAAGGCCCGAACUGAUGACCCUCCGGCUACCGCCCCUUCGAAGGAGAGCUCACCACCUCCAUCACCACUCGAGCAGCCAGCCUUAACUCCUUCGGUCGAUCAAACUUCCAAUCCUACAACACCCGUCGACCAGCAGCCUUCUCCUAAGGCUCCUAGCAGCCAAACCUUGCGUACUCAGCCCGAAGGCUCCCUGCCCAGUAUCGUGGUUUGCUCUGCCAUGGAGAGAAUAUACAAGCUCUCCAAGCAUAAACACAGUCAGGCAGCUAUUACUGAAACUACCUCUAUGGAGACUGAUCAAGUUAUCAAUAGAGGGCUGAACGAGAUAGUUAGCGGACUACUGACCAUAACCGCUGGCUGGCGCCGUGCUGGGGCAUUGGUGUCUCGGGUAAGGAAUUUCGAUACUAGGCUCGCCGAGGCUAAGAAAGCACUCGAAGCUAAAAACAACGAGCUUACUAAACAGAUUGGCGAGUUGCUUGAGGAGAAAAUGGAAUUGUCUAAGCAGAAAGAAGAACUGCUCGAGCAAAAAGCUACUCUGACCGAGGAGCUGCUGGAAACUCGAAAUGCCCUGAAGAAAUCCAACGAAGCUAGGGAAAAAUUCAGGGAAAGCGCCACACUCAACUAUCAACAAGCUGUACAGCUCAAGCUUGAUCUGAUCGCAAGCAGGCAGGAGGCGGAGAAACUCGAAAAAUGA